UUCUACUAUAGUUACUCGGAAUUUAAUCUAUAAUCCUUGAACCCAAUAUUCUUGUGGCAGCAGACUUUUUGUGAAAAAAUUAUUCGCAAAGCUAAAUUAUUACCAUCUGUGUAAGAAUUUAAUCACUAAAAAUGGCUUUAAAAAUUCGCGUUCAAUCACCGAAGGUGAAAUAUACGGAAGAUUAUAUUGAAGCACAGUACGAGUACCAAACAACGAACGUUUCAGAAGACGACGAUAUAAACUAUACGGUAACACCUGUAUCAACAAAGCUAUUAAUUAGAACACAACUGAAAGUUCCAAAACUUGGAUUAAUGUUAGUAGGAUGGGGUGGAAAUAAUGGUACUACUAUCACUGCAGCAUUAUUAGCGAACAAACUUAAAUUGACAUGGGAAACAAAGGAUGGCAUUCAAAAAACAAAUUGGUAUGGUUCCUUAGUUCAAGCAUCUACUGUCAGAUUAGGUAAAGGAAAUAAAGAAGAUAUAUAUGUUCCCAUGUCUUGGAUGCUUCCAAUGGUAAAUCCAGAUGAUAUUGAAAUUGAUGGCUGGGAUAUUUCAAAUAUGAAUUUAGCUGAUGCAAUGCAGCGUGCAAAAGUUUUGGAUAUUAAUUUACAAAAGCAAUUAGUACCACACAUGAUGCACAUGAAACCAAGAAAAAGUAUAUAUUAUCCUGACUUUAUUGCUUCUAAUCAGGAGAAAAGAGCAAAUAAUAUUAUUUCUGGUACAAAAUCUGAACAAUUGGAACAAAUUAGAAAAGACAUUGUAGAAUUUAAAACUACAAAGAAAUUGGAUCAAGUUAUUGUAUUAUGGACUGCUAAUACUGAGCGGUUUUCACAGAUAAUUUCAGGUGUUAAUGAUACAGCAGAAAAUUUAUUAAAUGCCAUUAAAGAAGGUCAUACAGAAAUUAGUCCAAGUACAAUGUUUGCUAUUGCAGCUGCAUUAGAAGGAGUAGGUGAUGACUUCAAAUCUGGACAAACAAAAUUAAAGUCUGUACUUGUAGAUUUUUUAGUCUCAGCUGGUAUUAAACCAGUGUCAAUUGUUAGUUACAACCACCUUGGAAACAAUGAUGGAUAUAAUCUAUCUGCUCCUCAACAAUUUCGAUCAAAAGAGAUUUCCAAAAGCAAUGUGGUAGAUGAUAUGGUACAAUCAAAUAAAAUUCUUUAUCAACCUGGAGAAAAGCCAGAUCAUUGUGUCGUUAUUAAAUAUGUUCCAUAUGUUGGUGAUAGCAAACGAGCAAUGGAUGAAUACACAUCAGAAAUAUUACUUGGAGGACACAAUACGAUCGUGAUACAUAAUACAUGUGAAGAUUCGUUGUUGGCUAGUCCAAUUAUUUUGGAUUUGGUCCUUUUAGCAGAGAUUUGUUCACGUAUUACUUUCAAAUUGGCUGAUUCAAAAGAUGAGUUUACUGGAUUUCACAGUGUACUCUCUAUAUUGUCUUACCUUUGCAAAGCACCAUUAGUGCCACGAGGAAUGCCAUUUAGACAACGAGCUGCAAUUGAAAAUAUCUUAAGAGCAUGUCUAGCAUUGCCUCCUGAAAAUAAUAUGUUACUUGAGCACAAAGUUGAUUUCAAAAAUCAAGUAUGA